CUUCUAAAGAAAAAGUUUCAAUGGCGAGAUUGACCUCCGUUGAGACAACUAAGAAUGGUCACACUGAAAUCACCAUUGCUCCAGGUGAUCAUAGAUCAGAUAUCUCUAACCUUAGCAUAUUAAAGCCAAUCGUGAAGACAUUUGGCUUUGAACUUUUUUGGGCUGCAAUGUUGAAGUUCGGAGCCAGUACAAUAACUUUUGUAAAUCCUCUAAUUUUAGACUUACUAAUUGCCUUUGUUGGAAGCAAUGAGCCAUACUGGAAAGGAUUUUGUUAUGCAGUUGCCAUGUUUUUUGCAGCAAUGCUUGAGUCAUUUUUAUCUGGACAAUAUGAAUACAGAAUAUAUAUCGUUGCCAUGCGCAUUCGUUCUUGUAUUACGUCUAUUGUGUACAAAAAGGCCCUUGUAUUGUCAAAUGCAGCUAAGAAGAACUAUACAGUAGGAGAAAUAGUCAACUUAAUGUCUGUGGAUACCCAAAGAGUGAUGGAUUAUGUUCAGAUGGUCAAUCUCCUAUGGUCAGCCCCUCUUCAGAUUGCUAUAGCAAUAUAUCUUCUUUGGCAACAAUUAGGUAUUGCUACUCUUGGUGGAUUAGCUGUCAUGAUUUUGAUGAUACCUCUGAAUGGAGUCAUUAGUGUAUUUAUCAGAAAUUAUCAG